UAGCAAUAGUUUCCGCACCCCCCGGAAAUAGUGGAAUCAUCCGACCAGCUGGAACACAAUCCAAUGGCUUUGAAAGGGGCCGUAUAGAGUUCCUUCAAAAAUGCGUUUGUUGGCAGUUGACAGAACAGGAUACUAUUCGGGAUCUCGCGGGCACUGACCCACAACGAUAACCAUGAUUUGGUCCCCAAAUGACAUAAUUUUCCUGCUCUCUUUGUGUUUUGUUCUACAAUUGCAAGUAUCUUGCAAUACAACAAAACAAGCCGCGAACAUUCUUAUCGUGAGUCAGACACCACACAGCACCUGGUUAACCCUUCGGGCUGCAGGGCGUGCGUUAUCUGCUAGAGGGCACUCCGUCACGGUCUUGAUGCCCAAUGACGUACUCCAACACCUGCACAGCACACCGACUGAGGACAAGCUAACGUAUGAAGGAGCUCAGUGUACCCCCGGAAUGUUAGAAGCAGGCCUUGCAUUUCAAAAUCAUUACUGGGAGGUUGGAUACGACAACACGUUACAGGCGUUGGAAGACCUCGUCAACGCAGCCAGCAAAAGUUGCGAAGCCUUGCUACAUCACUUAGAGACAAAAACUACCGAGGCCGAGAAGUACAACAUGGUGCUAUGGAGUCCCGCUGAGCUUCCAUGCGGAGCAGUUUUGGCGCGGUAUCUUGAAAUACCGUCCGCUGUAAUCUACAUCCCGACCUUUUCUUUUCUGCACAGCGCAGGCAACCCUUUGCCUGUAGCUUACUAUCCGAUCUCACCCAGUGGUUUUACGUCAGAAAUGACAUUUAUGCAGAGAGUGCAAAACACUCUCUUCUACCUUGUCUCAAAAUACGUUCACCACCACAGACUAUUUUCCCCUUUUGACUACACCGUGCACAAGUACAUUUCUAACGACACUAGCACGGAAGAGAUCGUAGCCGAUACCGAUCUUUGGUUGUCCCUUGCGGACUUCACUUUGGAGUUUACUCGUCCGACCAUGCCAAACGUCGUCAAUGUGGCAGCUUUUAAUUUGGCCGAGCCGAAACCCCUGUCACAGGACCUGGAAGAUUUCAUGCAAUCAUCUGGAGAUCCGGGAGUGAUUUUAUUCAGUUUGGGCUCCAUAACAGCGUCCAUGCCUGAUAGAAUCGCACAAAUCUUCCUGGAAGUCUUCGCAAGACUGCCACAGAAGGUUAUCUGGAAAAUGGGCUCAGAUAGUGACCGUGACAGUCAGAACUUUCCUCCCAACGUCAAAGCGAUGAAAUGGGUACCGCAAAACGACCUGCUGGCACACAAGAAGAUGAAGCUCUUCAUCAACCACGGCGGGACCAAUGGCAUAUACGAGUCCGUGUACCACGGCGUGCCCAUGGUACUCGUGACACUCCCGAUCUCAUCUGAACUUCGCGACAACACCGCUAGGGCUGUGUACCACGGUUACGGCGUUCAACUGGACAUCACUACCAUGACAACAGAGAAGCUGCUACAUACAAUUCAGCACGUCUUGUCAACAGACAGUUACAAAGCGAACGUGGAGCGUGCCGGGAGAAUCAUGUCGGACCAGCCGGUACCACCCCUAAACCUCACCAUGUGGUGGAUAGAACACGUCAUCAAGCAUGACGGACUGCCACACCUGCGCACGCGCGCUAACAAGAUGCCCUUCUACCAAUACUUUCUUCUUGACGUCAUGGCUUUCUGUGUAUCGACCCUAGCCGCCGUGUUGGGUGCGUCGGUGUGUGCUUGUCGCCUGAUGUACAGAAAGAUAAAAGAAAAGCAACAAAAAGAAAGGGACAAGAAAAACAAGUGAGACUUAUCAUUAUAAGUAUCUUCUUUAUUUGGAAUUUUAUACAGAUAGCAACAUCUGUGUUGUCUUGAUAUACAAUCUGGACAUAUACUCUGGUUUUAUGUGUAUUGAGUAACACAAAAUAUCUAUUGUGCAAUACCCAGAGCCAGUUUUAAUGAUAGCUGUCGGCUAGUUGGUUUUAGCAUGUAUUUUAGAUAACGCAGCCAAAUGAAUCAAGUCAUACUAUGGUCAUUGUAGUACCAAAGAAUUUGUUGAGAAUUACCUCACAAUUACGUUAUGUUACAAAUUGUCAAACAUGUCAUUUUACCCAAUGGAACUAUUAGUGUUUUACUUUGUAAACCAUUGCCACUCCUAUCCCUGAACACAUAAUGUAUGCAAUAAGAUAUCUAAUUAAGGCAUCUAUGGUGAAAGAUUCGAAAGGAACAAAGAUACUUAUAAUUAACAGCGUUCUUUGAAAUUUAUAAAUCGGCCCUCCGUUACCGUUAGGCUUUAAUACAAUGGUGUAUAUUUGUGAAAAUGGAUUGAUAAACAGCCUAUUGCUUACAUAUGCGUAUUUUUUGGUAGCUUUUAUAAUCAGAUAUCCGAUGGACAAUAUGUUUUAACAAUCUUAUUAAAGUUAACUUUGUCCAUAAAAAUGCACGUUUUUACUAGCACUUAAAUACCGAAUUCAAAUCUCAAUCUGUUCUAUUUUGAUUAGAUGGUCUCAAAGCAAAAUCUACGGUCUAGUUUGUUUAGCAAUUGAUGUGAAGUGACGUGAUUUGCUUGUAAAAUUUUGGAUAUGCAAAAAAAGGCAAGUGAGAACAAGUAA